UCUGCUACCAACUCAGAAGUAAUGUCCUAGGACGAUUGGGAAUUCUGUAUUUGGGUUUGGGCUUCUUGUAUAAAAGAAAGUGUCCACGUUGAAGAGGAGAGUUAGAGUUAGGGAGCCGAUUCCAUGGCUUCGAAGGAUUCCCCAGAAGGAUCAGUGCAGAACGUUUUAGACCAAAAAACGUUGAAGUGGGUGUUCGUAGGAGGGAAGGGCGGUGUUGGGAAGACCACAUGCAGCUCCAUUCUCGGCGUCCUUUUCUCUCAGGUUCGACCCUCCGUCCUUAUCAUCUCCACUGAUCCUGCCCACAACCUUAGCGACGCCUUCCAACAGCGCUUCACCAAAGCUCCUACCCUUGUCAAUGGCUUCACCAAUCUCUAUGCCAUGGAAGUUGAUCCGAAUGUCGAGGAGGAAGAGGCAGGUAGUUCAGCUGGAAUGGAUGGGUUUUUGUCUGAUUUGGCAAAUGCCAUUCCUGGGAUUGAUGAGGCAAUGAGUUUUGCUGAGAUGUUAAAGUUAGUGCAAACCAUGGAUUACUCUGUUAUAGUGUUUGACACUGCACCCACGGGCCACACACUCCGAUUAUUACAAUUUCCGGCAACACUAGAGAAAGGCCUUGUCAAAAUGAUGAGUUUGAAGAGUAAAUUCGGUGGCUUGCUGAGCCAGAUGGGUCGUCUUUUUGGAGUUGGCGAUGAAUUUGGUGAGGAUGCAAUACUUGGAAGGCUUGAGGGAAUGAAAGAUCUUAUUCAACAAGUUAACAGGCAGUUCAAAGAUCCGGACUUGACAACAUUUGUUUGUGUCUGUAUUCCGGAGUUCCUCUCUCUAUACGAGACUGAGAGGCUUGUGCAGGAACUCACCAGAUUUGAGAUUGAUACACAUAACAUUAUUAUUAACCAAGUGAUUUUCGACGAAGAAGCUAUUGAGUCAAAGUUGCUCCAGGCUAGAACACGGAUGCAACAAAAAUACUUGGAUCAGUUCUACAUGUUAUACGACGACUUCAACAUUACCAAGUUGCCUUUGCUGCCACAAGAGGUCUGCGGUGUUGAUGCUCUGAAGGCAUUUUCAAGUAAUUUUAGAACACCAUACCGGCCUGCCCUGGCUCGAGGCUCAUUAGAGGAGGUGGAAUACAGAGUAUCCACACUAAAGGAACAAUUGAAAGCUGCUGAAGCAGAACUGGAACCACUUAGAAAAGGGAAACAAAAGGUUUGAGAUUGAGAAGUUGGGGGGUCAGAAGGGAACUUAUUACUAGUUGUGUAUCAUUCAUUCAUUUGUUAAUAGGAAACUUAUUAUUAGCUUUUUAGCACUCUUUCAAAAACAAUAAAUGAUUUUAUU